AUGGUUGAUAUAAGAAAAAAACCUAUUUGGCUUGAUUGUGAUCCUGGACAUGAUGAUGCAUUUGCCAUUAUCCUAGCUGCAUAUCAUCCAUCACUUGAAUUAAUUGGUAUUUCAACUGUUGUUGGAAAUCAAACACUUGAUCGAACAACACAAAAUGCAUAUAAAAUUGCUUAUAUAGCUGG